UACACAGCUGCUAGAAAAGUGGAAGAAGAUGCAGGAGUCGGGGCUGGCACACAGGCAGGCCCCACUCCAGUCCCUGAAGCCUGUGCCUAGCAGAGGCCCCAGCUAUAGCAGAGCAGUAUCAAUGCCAAAGGAAUGGAAUGACCUCGAAGGAAGCCAAGGAGAAAUCUAAGGGGAUUUACUAUCAGGAACUGACUGAUGAGAUUAUGAAAGUGGAGAUGUCCCAAGAUCCUGAGGACGAUCGACCCAGUGACAAGACAGUCUCUCGGCCACCUCUACUGCACCUCACCUGCUGUGCUGCCAAAGCCUUCCCCACAAGGCUGGAGAUGCCUCAGCAUGCCAUGGGGGACAAGCAUUUUCUCUCCCUCCCGAAGCACCUCCUUACCAGCACGUCCUCAGCCACAGACAGCGGGUGUGACACUCCGCCCAGCAGCAGAGCUUCCCCAGCCUCUCUGCGCUCGGCACACGGCACCCUGGGCUCCUCCAGCCAACCCCUGUUUGAGCCCCAGGUUGAGAAGCGGAGUAGCCAGACGGCCCGUGAGGUGCAGUACGUGUCUUCGGGGCCACAGAGCACACUGUGUGGCUGGCAAGCCUUCACUCCCAAGUGCCUGCAGGUCUUCAACACCCCCAAGGGCUUCCUCUUCUUCCUGUGUGCGGCCUCCUUCCUUCAGGGCAUGACGGUGAAUGGCUUCAUCAAUACUGUCAUCACCUCCAUCGAACGUCGCUUCGAUCUGCACAGCUACCAAAGCGGGCUCAUCGCCAGCUCCUAUGACAUCGCUGCCUGCCUAUGCCUCACCUUCGUCAGCUACUUUGGGGGCAAUGGGCACAAACCGCGCUGGCUGGGCUGGGGCGUACUGGUCCUGGGAAUCGGCUCCCUGGUGUUUGCUCUGCCUCAUUUCACUGCUGGGCACUAUGAAGUAGAGGUGGACGAGGGACUGGGGACUGGGACAUGCCUGACUAAUCAGAGUCACGUGGAGUGUAAAGACAGUGCCUCAGGCCUGUCCAGCUACCGGCUGGUCUUCAUGCUGGGCCAGCUCCUGCAUGGUGUGGGCGCCACACCGCUCUACACACUGGGUGUCACUUACCUGGAUGAGAACGUCAAGUCAAGCUACUCGCCCAUCUAUAUCGCUAUCUUCUACACAGCAGCCAUCCUUGGACCUGCGGCAGGCUACCUGAUCGGAGGAGCCAUGCUAAACAUUUACACAGAAGUGGGCCAACGCACGGAGCUGACCACUGACAGCCCACUGUGGGUUGGCGCCUGGUGGAUCGGGUUCCUGGGAACAGGGAUUGCUGCAUUUCUCAUUGCCAUCCCCAUCCUUGGCUAUCCCCGGCAGCUACCAGGCUCCCAGCGCUAUGUCGUUAUGAGAGCGGCUGAAACACAGCAGCUGAAAGACCACAGCCGCGGAGCAGUGAGCAAUCCGGCUUUUGGCAAGACUGUCAGAGACCUGCCCCUCUCCAUCUGGCUCCUUCUAAGAAACCCCACAUUUAUCCUGCUCUGCUUGGCGGGGGCCACCGAAGCCACACUCAUUGCCGGCAUGUCCACAUUCGGUCCCAAGUUCUUCGAGGCCCAGUUCAGCUUGAGUGCCUCUGAGGCUGCCACCCUGUUCGGAUACCUGGUGGUGCCAGCAGGAGGUGGCGGCACACUCCUAGGUGGCUUUCUGGUGAACAAGUUCAAGCUCCGUGGCUCUGGGAUCAUCAGGUUCUGUCUGUUCUGCACCUUGACCAGCCUACUGGCCUUCUUUGUCUUCCUCAUGCACUGCCCCAAUGUGCACAUGGCAGGUGUGACCACUGGCUACGUUGGGAGCCUCCUGCCCAAAGAACAGCUGGACCUGAAGGCGGCUUGCAACGCCAUCUACUGUUGCCAGCCGAAGCACUACAGUCCCCUGUGUGGCUCUGAUGGCAUCAUGUACUACUCUCCCUGCUACGCAGGCUGCCCUGCGGGCGCAGCGACAGGCCUGGGUGGCCAGAAGGUAUACCGAGGCUGUAGCUGUAUCCUUGAGAAGGCUUCCUCUGGCUGGGGCAAUGCUACCGCAGGGAAGUGCGCUUCCACCUGUCAGAGCAAGCCCCUCCUUCUGGUUCUCGUGUUCGUUGUAAUUAUCUUUACAUUCCUCAGCAGCAUUCCCGCGCUAACUGCUACUCUACGGUGUGUCUGUGAUCGGCAAAGGUCCUUUGCCCUGGGGAUCCAGUGGAUCGUCGUAAGAACACUAGGCAGUAUUCCGGGGCCCAUUGCCUUCGGCUGGGUGAUUGACAAGGCCUGUCUACUGUGGCAAGACCAGUGUGGUCAACAGGGCUCCUGCUUUGUGUAUGAGAAUGAAGCCAUGAGCCGGUACAUGCUCAUCGCAGGGCUCACUUUCAAGGUGUUGGGCUUCCUCUUCUUCAUGGCAGCCUACUUUCUCUACAAGUCCCCUUCAGUGUCCUCAGAUGGCCUGGAAGCCUCCCUGCCCAGCCAGUCCUCAGCCUCCGACAGUCCCACAGAACAGAUCCAGAGCAACGUCUGACACCUCUGGCCCCUCCACAUUUACUAAGGACUCUUCCUGGAAACCCUAACCCACCCUCACAGGGUAGUAACACUGAGGACCCUGCAAAACCUCAUACUGUGUUCUGGGGUCUCAUACCACCCCACACUGUGACUGAGCAGCCUCUGAGACAUUAAGGAGGAAGUCACGUGUGUCAUAUGGGUCACGUGUGAACCAGACACAUUCCCCAAGCCCUGGAGUCUCUAAGGGGUCACUACAUUUCAUAGACCAUCACCUGGUCCUGACUUCCUGUGUCUACUGAGAAGCCUCAUGCAGGGCAGCUUGCCUUGGGCAUGAUCCUGUGGAGCCAGCUAUUUGGUAUUUUGCUUGAAUUUGCUUCCUGCCUGUCCUGGAAGCCUGGUGGCCUCCGUGCAGGGCAGGAACAACUUGAAUCAUUAUGACCGGACGUAUAUUUUGCACUGAAUGGUGUUUAUGGAAUUGGUUUUGUACCUGAUCAUGUGACUUGUAUCCAAGCAAGCUGCAGUGAAGAUGUGAUCCCAUCUGAGGUGCCACGCAGCUUGCAUGGACAAUGUGUUUCUAUGUUUUCGGUUAGAGUGUGUACAUAAUAUAUUUUAAUAUUUAAACCAGC